AUGAAUAAACUCUACAUCGGCAAUUUAAACGAGAGCGUCACCCCAGCGGACUUGGAGAAAGUGUUCGCGGAGCAUAAGAUCUCCUAUAGCGGCCAAUUCUUGGUUAAAUCCGGCUACGCCUUCGUGGACUGCCCGGACGAACACUGGGCGAUGAAAGCCAUCGAAACUUUCUCGGGGAAAGUGGAACUGCAGGGAAAAAGACUGGAAAUUGAACAUUCUGUCCCCAAAAAACAAAGAGUGAACACGGAGAGUGAGACUGCAGUGGUGAAUGUUACCUACUCCAACCGUGAACAGACCAGGCAAGCCAUCAUGAAAUUGAAUGGCCACCAGCUGGAGAACCAUUCACUAAAAGUCUCCUACAUCCCUGAUGAACAGAUGGCUCAGGGUCCUGAAAAUGGUCGCCGGGGUGGCUUUAAUUCCCGAGGUCAACCCCGCCAGGGCUCACCUGUGGUGGCAGGUGCGCCCUCCAAACAACAGCCAGUGGACAUUCCCUUGAGACUGCUUGUGCCCACACAGUAUGUAGGUGCCAUCAUUGGCAAGGAAGGAGCCACCAUCCGUAACAUCACUAAACAGACCCAGUCUAAAAUUGAUGUUCACCGAAAGGAGAAUGCUGGAGCAGCCGAGAAGGCAAUCAGUGUUCACUCAACCCCAGAAGGGUGCUCUUCUGCUUGCAAGAUGAUUCUGGAAAUCAUGCAGAAAGAAGCAAAAGAUACCAAGACAGCUGAUGAGGUUCCCCUGAAGAUCUUGGCCCAUAAUAAUUUUGUAGGACGUCUAAUUGGCAAAGAAGGACGAAACCUGAAAAAAGUGGAACAGGAUACAGAGACCAAAAUCACCAUUUCUUCGUUGCAAGACUUGACCCUUUACAACCCUGAAAGGACCAUCACAGUUAAAGGCUCUAUUGAGAACUGCUGUAAAGCUGAGCAGGAGAUUAUGAAAAAAGUUCGUGAGGCCUAUGAGAAUGAUGUAGCAGCCAUGAGCCUACAGUCUCAUUUGAUCCCUGGCCUCAACUUGGCUGCUGUGGGCCUCUUCCCAGCCUCCUCCAGUGCUGUUCCCCCACCUCCAAGCAGUGUCUCAGGGGCUGCCCCUUAUAGCUCCUUCAUGCAGGCUCCAGAGCAGGAGAUGGUACAGGUAUUCAUCCCUGCCCAGGCAGUGGGUGCCAUCAUCGGCAAGAAGGGGCAGCAUAUUAAACAGCUUUCAAGGUUUGCCAGUGCUUCCAUCAAGAUUGCUCCCCCAGAGACCCCAGAUUCCAAAGUUCGGAUGGUUAUCAUCACUGGACCCCCAGAGGCUCAAUUUAAGGCUCAAGGAAGAAUCUAUGGAAAACUCAAAGAGGAGAAUUUCUUUGGUCCUAAGGAAGAGGUGAAACUGGAAACCCACAUCCGGGUGCCUGCAUCAGCAGCUGGCAGGGUCAUCGGCAAAGGUGGCAAAACUGUCAAUGAGUUGCAGAACUUGACUGCAGCUGAAGUGGUGGUACCCAGAGAUCAGACUCCUGAUGAGAAUGAGCAAGUCAUUGUCAAGAUCAUCGGACACUUCUAUGCUAGCCAGAUGGCCCAACGUAAGAUUCGAGACAUCCUUGCUCAGGUUAAACAACAGCACCAGAAGGGACAGAACAACCAGACUCAGGCACGGAGGAAAUGA